UUAUUUGACACUUUUUAUGGCAGGGAAAAUAUAAUCGUCCAGCCUGCCUCUCACCCCUUCUCAGGCUGUCAAGUCGAACAUUUACCGUAAAGCUCCUAAUAGGUGCGCACUUAAAAUCUGGGGCGGCUGAGUUGACCACGGGAAUCGGAGGACCGGCUGGCUUGACCGCAGUGUUGCGAGUGACGCAGAUGUCUUGAACGGUGGAUGCAGAUACAGAAUCCAGACUCUCCUAAACUCAGCAUGAUGCCCUUAAAGGGUCAUCAGCAUUUGGAUACCAGCAUUAAUGCUAAAGAGAAAACAGAAGAACCUGGUGGUGAUAGCACUCAGGAGCAGAGACCAGACUCUCCUAAUCCCAGCUGUGUGUCCAUGAAGAGUGACCAGUCUAAAGUCCUUUCUAUUAAUUUUAAAAAUGAACGUCCCUCACCUGAAAGAGGGCAGCAGGAGGGUUCUGGAGUCCCCAGAGAUAAGUCAACCCAGCAUCAUCAAACAGACCUUCACUUGAUAUUUAAGAUACUGGAUGAGAACCCUGGCGUUUUUAAGAAUGAGCUGGAGAGGAUUUUUGGGGUUCUCAGUCCAGAUAAUCCAGCAUCAGAGCAUCAGAUUGAGGAGAUGUUUGAUGGGGAGGAUGAAGAGCAGAGGUCAGAGAUCAGAGCUGCUUUCCUGAAGAUCACUGAGCACCUCCUGAGAAACAAUAAGCAAGAGGCGCUGGCCAACCAUCUGCAGAGCAUGACUGCUGGUGGAGUCUGCCAAGGAAAACUUAAGUCUAACCUGAGGAACAAGUUCAAGUUUAUGUUUGAGGGGGUUGCCACUGCAGGAAAACCAACGCUCCUAAAGGAUAUCUUCACAGAGCUCUUCCUCACAGAGGGAGGAACUGAAGAGGUCAAUGAGGAGCAUGAGGUCAUACAGAUUGAAACAACCUCUAGGAAAGCCCACAGACCAGAAACAGCCUUCAAACUAGAGGACAUCUUCAUAGCCUUACCAGGAGAAAAUAAACCAAUCAGAACAGUGAUGACAAAGGGAGUUGCUGGUAUUGGGAAAACAGUCUUAACAAAGAAGUUCACUCUGGACUGGGCUGAAAACAAAACCAACAAGGACAUCCUGUUCACAUUCCCAUUCACUUUCAGAGAGCUGAAUGUGCUGAAAGAGAAGAAGUUAAGCUUGGUGGACCUUGUUUAUCUGUUCUUUCCUGAAACCAAAGAAGCAGAAAUCUCUAUGUUUAAAGGGCCCCAGGUUGUGUUCAUCUUUGACGGUCUGGAUGAGUGUCGACUUCCUCUGGACUUCAGCAACAGUGAGAUCCUGACUGAUGUUACAGAGUCAGCCUCAGUGGGUGUGCUGCUGACCAACCUUAUCAAAGGGAACCUGCUUCCCUCAGCUCGCAUCUGGAUAACCACAAGACCUGCAGCAGCCAAUCACAUCCCUUCUUCCUGUGUUGACAGGGUCACAGAGGUCCGGGGGUUCACUGAUGAACAGAAGGAGGACUACUUUAAGAAGAGGUUCAAUGAUGAGGAGAGCAAAGUAUUCUCUCACAUCAGGAAAUCACCAAGCCUCAGCAUCAUGUGUCAUAUUCCAGUCUUCUGCUGGAUCAUUGCUACAGCUCUGGAGGAUGUGCUAAAGUUCAGAGACCAUCUCAUGCCAAACACUCUCACUGAGAUGUACAUCCACUUCCUGGUGGUUCAGUCUAAACGGGAGAAUGUGAAGUAUAAGGGAGGAGAUGAGACGGAUCCACACUGGACUCAAGACAGCAGGAAGAUGAUUGAGACUCUGGGAAAACUGGCUUUUGAGCAACUUCAGAAAGGCAACCUGAUCUUCUAUGAAUCAGACCUGGAACAGUGUGAUAUUAAGACAUUCUCAGAGUACUCAGGACUGUUCACACAGAUCUUAAGAGAGGAGAGAGGACUGUAUCAGGAAAAAGUGUUCUGCUUCGUCCAUUUGACCAUUCAGGAGUUUUUGGCUGCUCUUCAUGUCCACCUGACAUUCACCAAUCAUGGGGUCCUUCUGCUUUCAAAACAAACAUGGUACUCUACAUGGUUGUGCUACAUUUUGGGGGAAAACAAAGAGCCAACACAUUUCUAUCAGUCUGCCAUAGACCUGGCUUUGGAGAGUGUAAACAGACAUCUGGACUUGUUCCUGCGCUUCCUCCUUGGCCUUUCUCUAGAGACCAAUCAGCAGCACAUAAGAGGUCUACUGACACGGACGGAAGACAGCUCACAAAAGACUAAUGAGACCAAAGAGAAAACAAUUCAGUACAUCAAGAAAAAACUGAUGAAUGACAACCUGUGUGCUGAGAAAAGCAUCAACCUUCUCCACUGUCUUAAUGAACUGGAGGAUAGUUCUCUAGUAGAGGAGAUCCAACAGUCCCUGAAAUCAGGACGUCUCUCUGCAGAUAAAUUGUCCCCUGCUCAGUGGUCAGCUCUGGUCUUUAUCUUGCUGUCCUCAAAGGAAGAUCUGGAGGUGUUCGACCUGAAGAAAUUCUCUGAUUCAGAGAUGGCUUUUCUGAGGCUGCUCCCAGUGAUCAAGGCCUCCAGAAAAGCUCUGCUGGGUGGCUGUAAACUGUCAAAGAGGAGCUGUGAAGCUCUGUCCUCGGUCCUAGGCUCCCCGUCCUCUAGUCUGACAGAGCUGGACCUGAGCUACAACAACCUACAGGAUGAGGGAGUGGAGCUUCUGUUUAAAGGAUUAAGAAGUCCACACUGCAAACUGAAGACGCUCAGGUUGAAUGACUGUAAACUGUCAGAGAAGAUCUGCAAAGCUUUGGCCCUGGUCCUCAGCUUGGACUCCUUUAAUCUCACUGAACUGGACCUGAGCAACAACAACCUACAGGAUGCAGGAGUGGAGUUUCUGUCUGAAGUAUUAAAAAGUCCACAGUGCAAACUGGAGACUCUCAGUUUGUCAGGUUGUCUGAUCACGGAAGUAGGCUGUGCUUCUCUGGCCCGUGCCCUGGAGUCCAAAUCCAACCUGAGAGAGCUGGACUUGAGCUACAACCAUCCUGGAGAAAAAGGAAAACAGCAUUUGUCUGCUCUACGGGCGAAUGAAAACUGCAGACUGGAGGCACUGAGGAUGGACCAGUGUGGAUCACAUAGACUGAAAACUGGUUUGCAGAAGUAUGCCUGUCAACUGCAACUGGACGCAAACACAGUGAACAAAUACCUGAAACUCUCCGACAACAACAGGACAGUGGCACAUGUGCAGGAGGAACAGUCGCAUCCCGAUCAUCCGGACAGAUUUGAACACUGGUAUCAGCUGCUAUGUCAGCCUGAACUGACUGGUCGCUGUUACUGGGAGGUUGACUGGGAAGGAAGAGUUGUUGUGGCAGUGAGUCACGGGGGAAUUGAAAGGAGCACAGACAGUAAUGAAUGCGUGUUUGGAUGGAAUCAUCAUUCCUGGAGUAUGAUCUGCCAUAAUGGUGGUUAUAUUUUCAGGCACGCUAACAAAGAAGAGGAAAUAUCCUUGCCUCUUGUCUCAAAAAGAGUGGCAGUGUAUGUAGACAUUCCUGCGGACAUUCUGUGCUUCUACGAAGUCACCUCUGACUCACUGACCCACCUCAGAACCUUCAGCACCAAAUUCAAUGGACCUCUUUAUCCUGGUUUUGGGCCCUGGAGCCUAAAGUCCUCAGUUUCUCUGUGCCCACUGUCCAAUUGAAGAAAUCUCUCCUGUUGGGCACAUAGGAACAGGGAACAUUCCCACCUGACAGAUGAUGUAGAUCAGUGGUUCUCAACUUGUCAAACCUCAGAACCCACCACUGCUCCUUAAAGACAACCCGUAAGUCAAACCUCAAAAGAAUUUCACCCAAACAAACUGGACCCUGGAUCAGACAGAACUUGACAUAAAAAAACAGAGACAAAAAUUAUAAUAAAAAUAAGACAGAUUAAGAUGCAUUUCAUUACAAAAUCCCUGAGUGGACUUGCAUUGAUGGAGUUUAUUUUUCGCUAUAGUCCUGAGAUUAAUUUUUAAAUUUUGGUAAGUUGUCAUGGGAAAACCAGCUCUGAAAUCCUAAGCAUUGGAGACAAGUGUUGAAAUUCGCGACCCAGUGAUGUAGAAACCAUCUAACCUACCUACCACCUAAAUUUAGUGUUGCAAGGAAAAGCCUCGACAAUUUGUUUCUGUUUGAGACAGAAAAACAAAAUUGUAUUGACAGCAAUGUAUGAGGCUCACUAAAGUUUCUUGUUUUUCAUUUCUCUAAUGCCUAAACUAGUAGAUAAAGCUGUGUUUACAUUCAAAUCACGAGAGCAAAAUACGCCAGGCCCAGGUCACCUUGACCUGCAGUGUUAACGCAGUCUAAGGCCUGAAAUAUACUUGUAGUUUACUAUGUUAUUAGAGAUGGACCGAUCCACUUUUUGCGGCUCCAGUCAGAUUUUGAUACAUGAAUACCAGUACCUGAUAUGAAAUCCACUAUUUUUUAAAAUCAGAAUUACAAUUUGUACUGUUUUUGCAUGGUAUUAUUUAUACGAGGUUGCACGAACCUCUGGUAAAUUUGAAACUGGAUUUCUUACUCAACGACCGAAAAGAUAUUUUAAACUUCAAGAAAACAUACCAUUCCCAAUGAAUUGAUUUAAACUACAUGCUGGCUUCACAUAGAAACAGGUGGCAACAAGUUUAGUGAAAUAUUUGAAACUGCAGUUUACAGUAAAAAAAACAGCAACGUUUGUAACAACCAACAGCAGCACAGGGCUACAGCAGCCACAUGAACAAGUGUAUUUUUGUAUAAAAUGUAAAUAUGUAGAAAUAAGUAUCUGCAGAGUGUUUAAAAACCUCUUAAAUAAGUAAAAAAUUGUAUUUAACUAUAUGUCAAGGGACUAUUGCAGCAGGAAGCUACAGAUGUGAAGUAUUAAAACUAAAAAAUGACGUAAAAAGCAAGCCACCAAGAACACUAAAUUUGCUGAUGUGGCCAUUUACAAUAAAAGCACUCGAGGAGAACAAGGUUUUGAAAGGUUUGCCAGCAUUUAUCAUUAAUUUGACCUCACUAAAGCCCGCUUCUUUGAAUCAUGAUGGAUUUAAAAUAAGGGAAUCAUGCGUUAAAACACCUUUAACGGUUGUGUAAGUUGUUAUGCGUCGCUGCAGCUCAUAUUAAAGCCACCAACAGGCCAAAAGAGUAGGAUCACUUUGUGAUGCCUUAGUAAAGACUUUAAAGUUAGAGAGGAGAUACUAAUACUACAUACUAAAAACUAAACGGACACUGUAAUGUUGACAUCUACAAACUCAGCCGUUCACAGGGUCACUAGUUAAACAGAUGUACUGGGAUGCUGUGUCUGAACGCAGAGGUAAAUGUCUUAGAAAUGGAUUGCCACCAGUCAUCUGUUAGACCUGAUUUGAUUUUUUUAUUGAUAUUUAUAUAAUGCCAAUUAUGAUCUCAUAAUCAAAAAUCAUAUCAACUUUUGAGUGUUUUCAUGUUUGUAGUUUACAUCUCACACAUCAGGUAAUUGAAGCCUGAGCUCUCCUGUGUGCCUUCCUUGGGUAUCUGCCACUAACAUGCUCUUUGGGAAGUCAAGUAUAUUUACGAUUAUGCUUGAUGCCUUAAUAAAAUAAAACAUCGAGUAUAUCUACAGCCUAAGACACUGGUGGGCUUGAUUGCAGUUGUUGCUAAAUCUGCAUUGAGCAGUCCUAGAUGCAAACCUAGUCAGACGUGCAGAGAAGUGGUUUAUUUUCUUAAACAUUUAUAUGCUGCUCUUGAGAAGAAGAGGGCAAUUUCUUACUGCUGUCUGGAUUUUUGUCAUUUGACUUGUUUUUUUAGUUUUGGGUUGUGGUAGAUACUGAGCACCACUAUUAAGUAUUACAGCAAUACUAAUGACUAUAUUUACAAGGUUAGACUUAAAGUUUUUAAUCAGUGUUUCUUGGUAAAACAAAAAAGGAAACAAUUACAUAUAAACUGACUGAAUACAUGACUGUGCACCAGCUGACACUACUCACACUCUGCUGCCACAGUCAUCCGUCAUCACUUCAAGCUCAUUUUUAAUAGCAAGGCAGCCAGAACUGUGCAUUACUUUGUUGUCCUUUGUUUUUUUGUUGCAAGUAUUGCCUUUUAAACUAUGUAAACUAUGCUGUUUUAUUGAUGUUUUGUUAGUAUAUUGUAUAUUGCCUUUUAAACUUUGUAAACUAUGCAGUUUUAUUGAUGUUUUGUUAGUAUUACAGGUCUCACAGGUCUACAAGGUUCCUGUAAAAACAGGAGAAAAAGGAGGAGACAGGCAACGGUACUUCUGUUCAGUUCAGCCUCGCUUUGCAGUCUUUAAUACUCAGUAUUCAAAAUAAAUGCAUCUUUUCCAUGCCA